GUCGUCCCCUCUCUCGCUCCCGCCAAGAUUCAAACGGAGGCAGCUGGGAAGGGGCCAGUCAGUCGGUCUCCGGCUCUUCAAGAAUAAUUCUCAGCCAUGGAUGCAGAAACUGCUUUCAAGACCCCCAGCAAGCCACCUGGGGGGAAGAGAUCAGGGCAGGGUAGCUCUUCACCCUCAAUAACUAUUCCAGCCUCUCCCUUCAUGCAGAAGCUUGGGUAUGGAACUGGAGUCAAUGUUUAUCUUAUGAAAAGGUCCCCCAAAGGUAUCUCUUGCUCUCCCUGGGCUGUGAAGAAAAUCAAUCUCAAAUGUGACGCCACACGGAGAGAUACGUAUCAACAAAUGCUGACUGAAGAAGCCAAGGUUCUAAAAACCCUUCAGCACCCAAACAUUGUGGGCUAUCGUGCGUUUGCUGAAGCUAAAGAUGGGAGCAUGUGCCUUGCCAUGGAAUAUGGGGGAGAAAAGUCUCUCAAUGACCUAAUUGAAGAUAGGAACACGAAAAAGCUGGGGCCCUUUCCGGCUGCGACCAUCCUGAAAGUUGCCCUGCACAUGGCAAGGGGCCUGAAGUAUCUACACAACGACAAGAACUUGCUUCACGGUGACAUCAAAUCUUCCAAUGUCGUCAUUAAAGGGGACUUUGAGUCAAUAAAGAUCUGUGACGUGGGUGUUUCACUGACUCUGGAUGAGAAUAUGAUGGUGAGUGACCCAGAAGCUCAUUAUAUUGGCACGGAGCCCUGGAAGCCCAAGGAAGCUCUUGAGGGAGAUGGCAUCAUCACCGACAAGGCUGACAUCUUUGCAUUUGGGCUUACACUCUGGGAAAUGAUGACCCUCUCGAUACCUCAUCUUAACCUGGAGGAAGAAGAUGAAGAGUCUUCUUUUGAUGAAGAUGACUUCGAUGAAGACGCCUAUUACGCCGCCCUUGGGACUCGGCCACCACUCAACAUCGAAGAGUUGGAUCCUUCCUAUCAAAAAGUCAUUGAGCUGUUUUCUCUCUGCACUAUGGAGGAGCCGGAAAAGCGCCCUGCAGCUGCACAUAUUGUGGGUGUUUUGGAGGCGGAAGGAUCCAUACAAUAAGUGCCCUCUUAAACAACCCUGCACUAUGGCAGUUAGUUUCCCGCAGUUUUAUAUUAGAACUGGGGGCUUUUGACAAGGUUUCAUAUCAAGCUAUUUAGACGCUGACUGUAAAUAUUCCAUAUUCCACAAAGUUGUGUCUUAAGUGACACACACACACACACACACACACCUGAUAAGCUGAUGCUUAGCAGCCUUGUAAUUAGUUUUUUAGUAUUGUAAAUAUAAAGCAACUUGGUCUUUCAAUUCCCUUCCCUGCUCCUCCUCUUGUUCUGGUUGUGUUUGAUCUUGACUUGUACUUUUCUCUUAUGAGUAAAUAUCAGAACAUUUGUGGCUAUUGAAAUAAAACCUUUCAAACUUGUCAGUUUGGCAC